UGGCUACUUGUGACAUCAAAAAAUUGAAAGAAGCGCCAUUAGAAUUUUGGUCGCUUUUAAUGCAUUUUAUCUACGAAUUGUUUGUUAAAAUCGUAUUAAAAGCAUUACAAACUGAAGAACAAAUAGUGCUUUUUGUUUUCAAGUGAUAAUUACCUAAUGUGUAGAAGAAUUUUGUCGUUUAUUAUUGUUUAAUGUUUGUGUCGAUUUGUUUUCAACCGUGGCGACUUCGGAGCUUGUCGGAGGAAUUUGACAACUUAAAAUGGCGGCCUCUUUUGAACUCAAAAAUGUAUUUGAUGUGUAACUCUUAUGUAGUUAAUUAAACACCUAUCUCCGUGUCUAAAAUACAGUGAAAUAUUUAAGUUAUAAACUUUAUAAUGGAGCACAAUUUGGAAGACCCUUUAAACUUGGAAAGUUCCAUGGGCAGUAUGGACUUUGACCACUCCGGUGUUGUGGUGAGUCAGGAAGACAUAGCCCUGGAGACAACUGGCCAUGAAGCUGACAUACCCAUGGAAUUUGAGCACAUUGAAGAGCAGCCAAUGCUUAUGGACACAGGGAGUGAAGAAAUUAUUGUUUCAGACUUUAUGAAUGACCAGUACACACUACAAGAGUAUUCAGUUCAGGAUGAACCAGUUCCAGAGACUAGUGGAUUGAUUGAGUCAAAUGAGCUAAUUGUGAUGUCAUCACAAAAUGAGUCCAUGAUAGAUCUGCAGUUUGACCCGGAGUCAUCACAAGGUGUAACUCAAGAUGUUACCACACAGCCUAAGUUUAUAUCGGUCAAGGCGGCUGUAGCACCUCGUAAGAUAAAAAACGAGACGGUGGUAGCAGGCAACCCUCCGCGGCAGGUGGCUAUCGCUCCCAAACCUCCGAAACUUGUGCCCACUGUCUCCAAAGGAUUCACGACGGGGAAACAGUAUGCUAUAGCACCCAAACCAGUGGCCUUGGUCACUAAUAAAAAUGCCAGUUUGGUGAAGAAAAUGUCUCUAGCAAGUGUGUUGCAGUCUAGCGGCAAGUCUACUCAGUUAGGGAAACAAAUAGUGAUGAUGCCGGCGGGGGGCAUGCAGAAGAUAAAACUUGUGACGUCAGGCUCGGGCGUACCAACUGUGCAAUAUGUUCGGAAUGCCAACAAUGAUCAGGCGGAAAUUAUCAAAAAUGUUAGCAGUGGCAAUUCCCAAAAACCCGUCAUGGCGAAAGUUUUCGUGCAAGCAGGUCAACAGAACGCGGACAACUGGAGUCAGCCUGCGGUUAUAACGAAGCUUAUGCCACAAACGUCCAACUUAACGCCGCACACGCGAUACGUCAUGCAGCAGAAGACGGUGCCCAUAUCAAUAGCUUCUAAUAAGGUGCUCCUGGCGUCUCCUACAAAGCAAGGUGUGAAAUUUUCCAAAAAACAAAUCAUAUCAAUAAAAUCACCCACACCCAAAUUGAUGCCAGUCACUUCACAAGCUGCUGCUACAAGUAAAAAGGUAGUAAUAUCAUCGAAUCCAAAUCAAAACGUGAUACUGAAAACGACCGCUCCGCCUAAGACUGCACAGGUCUCAAAAGAUGGAAGCUUGGUCGUGCAAGCGCAACCGACCCAACUUCAUCAAAUUAAUGUACCCGGAAAAGGCAUCCAGUACAUCCGGCUUAUUACAAAUCCAACUACAGCACAGCAGAAGGUCGUGGCCAAAGCACAUCCUCCUGCCCCAACGGUUCCUUCGAAAGGUUUUGUUUUGACAGAUGGUAAAGGUAAUGUAAUUCAAAUGACAGCAAGAAAAUUGAUGACUGGGCAACCACCACCUUUAGUAUUGACAGGAAACCUUGGUGCUGUUACUAAAGUGACGGCAAAGCCUCAGAAAAAGUUAGUGCGAAUAGCGCCGGUGGCUAUGAAACCUUCACAAGUUGCGCAGCAAUCGCGUUCAGCCCAGAGUCUGCUAGCACCUCUCUCACCUAUGGGAGAUUCGCACUUGGAGGAGGUGUCUGACCUUCUAGAAAGUCGUAACAUGCAUGAGGAAGAGCUGACGGAAGAACAGGUGGUGGAAAGGGAUGAAGAGGUGUCGGAGUCCAAGGCGGCCUUGCGCGCGCUCAUAGCAGACACCGUGGCCGGACACGCGCACGACAUGCAGGCCAUGCACGAGGUCGAGGUGGACUUCGAGAGGCAAGAGACACCAAUAGAAGAUGAUAGCGGCAGCAACAUGGACCAACACGACAGUAGCAACAGAUCAGAGGAACAUUCGCUCAUCGUAAUACCUUCCAGCUUCGGGAAAGCACAGAACCAGAUGCGGGAUGACAAAAAUUACUCUAACAUGGAUGAAGGCUUACCAUAUCUCUCACCGAAAGCGUCGCAACAGUCUGAAAGUGACUUAGUAUCAGGCGACCACCUGGGCCUGAGGCCGCGCAAGGCGUGCAACUGCACCAAGUCGCAGUGUCUCAAGCUGUACUGCGACUGCUUUGCGAACGGCGAGUUCUGCAACGGCUGCAACUGUCAUAAUUGCCACAACAACUUGGAGAACGAGGAACUUCGGCAGAAAGCCAUCAGGGCCUGUCUUGAUAGAAAUCCUAAUGCUUUCAGGCCGAAGAUUGGUAAAGCUAAAAGUGGGGGUCCAGACAUAAUAAGAAGACAUAACAAAGGAUGUAACUGUAAAAGAAGUGGCUGUCUCAAAAACUACUGUGAAUGUUAUGAGGCCAAGAUAGCGUGCACGUCCAUGUGCAAGUGUGUGGGCUGUCGCAACGUGGAGGAGACGCUGGAGCGGCGCCGCGACGCGCUGCGACUGCGCGACAAGCUGCGCGACCCGCUGCUGCGCCCGCCGCCUGCCACCAUGCUCAAACAGCCGUGCAGCUUCAUGACGUCGGACGUGAUCGAGGCGGUGUGCCAGUGCCUGCUGGCGGCGGCGGCGGCCGACGCGCCCGCGCCCGAGCCCGAGCCGCUGCGGGACGUGCUCGAGGAGUUCGCGCGCUGUCUGCAGGACAUCAUCUCCGCCAGCCACCAGUCCUCCUCCGUGUCGCUGCUGGACGACAGUCAAGCAUAGCAUAAGGGUACCGUGUUGCUGUCAGUCAAAAGAGAAUUAUGAUAAAGGAUGGCAAAUCUCCAUGUGUAGCUCUCAAGUGACAAUCCUCCACACUUUCAUGUGAUGACUAGUAAGCAAUACACAAUAAAUGAGUUUAGUAAAUUAUAAACUAAGUCACUUGUAUCGCUUUGACAAGACUGUUGUAAAUAUUAGUAUUUGCGAUUCAGAUAAUAAAAUUAUGCACGUUUAUAUUAUCCAUUUUAGAGUGGAAUAAAAGCUGUACAUUAAUAUAACUAAUUUUCAGAUUUUAUAAAUUGUUUUAUAGAAAUGUACAUAAUGUUGUUGUAAAUAAAAUAUUUUACUAGUCAUAAGAAUACCUUUGGCAUAAGGUAGAAUUUAUUGUAAAUAGCAAUAAUAAAAUGCAAUGUUUCUUUGA